GCGGCAGCGGGCAGCAGUCGCCGCAGGAGCUACCGCUAGUCAGUCGGGGUGUCCCGCGCCCUCCGGAGGGCUUGCUGCCUGCCUCGCUGCCUCCGCCUCGUCCGCCGCCGGGGUGCGGAAAAGCAGAGCGCGGAGGCUGCGGGAGCCGUGUAGGGAAGAUGCCCCUGGCGCAGCUGGCGGACCCUUGGCAGAAGAUGGCUGUGGAGAGUACGGCCGAGAGCAGCACCGAGAACGGACAGCAAGUUGUGGAUGAACCAAUGGGAGAAGAUGAUAUCAACCCACAAACUGAAGAAGGAAAUAUCAAAGAAAUUGCAAUAACUCACCAUGUAAAGGAAGGACAUGAGAAAGCAGACCCCUCACAGUUUGAACUUCUGAAAGUACUAGGACAAGGAUCCUUUGGAAAGGUCUUUCUUGUCAAAAAAAUCUCAGGAUCAGAUGCUAGACAGCUUUAUGCAAUGAAGGUGUUAAAAAAGGCCACCUUGAAAGUUCGAGAUCGGGUUCGGACAAAAAUGGAACGUGAUAUCCUAGUGGAAGUUAACCAUCCUUUUAUCGUCAAGUUACACUAUGCUUUUCAAACAGAAGGGAAGCUCUAUCUUAUUUUGGAUUUUCUCAGGGGAGGAGACUUGUUUACACGUUUAUCCAAAGAGGUGAUGUUCACAGAAGAUGAUGUUAAAUUUUACCUGGCAGAAUUAGCACUUGCUUUAGAUCAUCUACAUAGUCUUGGAAUAAUAUACCGGGACCUAAAACCAGAAAACAUCCUGCUUGAUGAGGAAGGACAUAUCAAAUUGACAGAUUUUGGUUUAAGCAAGGAGUCAAUUGAUCAUGAAAAAAAAGCCUACUCUUUCUGUGGAACAGUGGAAUAUAUGGCACCAGAAGUUGUUAAUAGACGAGGCCAUACACAGAGUGCAGACUGGUGGUCUUUUGGUGUUUUAAUGUUUGAAAUGCUCACUGGUACUCUACCUUUCCAAGGGAAAGACAGAAAAGAAACCAUGACUAUGAUUCUCAAGGCAAAACUUGGAAUGCCUCAGUUCUUGAGUCCCGAAGCACAGAGUCUUCUGCGAAUGCUUUUCAAAAGAAAUCCAGCAAACAGAUUAGGAGCGGGUCCAGAUGGAGUUGAAGAGAUUAAGAGGCAUGCAUUUUUUUCCAAAAUAGAUUGGAAUAAAUUGUACAGGAGAGAAAUUCAUCCCCCUUUUAAGCCUGCAACUGGCAGACCUGAAGAUACGUUUUAUUUUGACCCUGAGUUUACAGCAAAAACCCCAAAAGAUUCGCCAGGUAUCCCACCUAGUGCUAAUGCUCAUCAGCUGUUUCGAGGAUUUAGUUUUGUAGCUAUUGCAUCAGAUGAUGAAAGCCAAGCAAUGCAGACAGUUGGAGUGCAUUCAAUUGUCCAGCAGCUGCACAGGAACAGCAUUCAGUUUACUGAUGGAUAUGAAGUAAAGGAAGAUAUUGGAGUUGGGUCUUACUCUAUCUGCAAGAGAUGUAUUCAUAAAGCUUCAAACAUGGAAUAUGCUGUAAAGAUUAUUGACAAGAGUAAAAGAGAUCCAACAGAGGAAAUUGAAAUCCUGCUGCGCUAUGGACAGCAUCCAAAUAUUAUAACCCUGAAAGAUGUGUAUGAUGAUGGAAAAUAUGUAUAUGUAGUAACAGAACUUAUGAAAGGAGGAGAACUGCUGGAUAAAAUUCUUCGGCAAAAAUUUUUCUCAGAACGAGAAGCUAGUGCUGUUUUGUUCACAAUAACAAAAACAGUUGAAUAUCUCCAUGCACAAGGGGUUGUUCAUAGAGACCUCAAGCCUAGUAAUAUUCUUUAUGUCGAUGAAUCUGGUAACCCCGAAUCAAUUCGAAUUUGUGAUUUUGGCUUUGCAAAACAACUACGAGCAGAAAAUGGUCUUCUAAUGACUCCAUGUUACACAGCAAAUUUUGUCGCACCAGAGGUUUUAAAGAGGCAAGGUUAUGAUGCUGCGUGUGACAUAUGGAGCCUUGGAGUUCUACUUUAUACCAUGCUGACUGGCUACACUCCUUUUGCGAAUGGUCCUGAUGAUACCCCAGAGGAGAUUUUGGCCCGAAUAGGUAGUGGAAAGUUCUCUCUCAGUGGUGGUUAUUGGAAUACUGUUUCAGAAACAGCGAAGGACCUUGUUUCAAAAAUGCUUCAUGUUGAUCCACAUCAAAGAUUGACUGCAGCCCAAGUUCUUAGUCACCCCUGGAUAGUUCACUGUGACCAGUUGCCUCAAUACCAGCUGAACAGGCAGGAUGCUCCCCAUUUAGUGAAGGGUGCAAUGGCAGCAACUUACUCGGCUUUGAAUCGCAAUCAGUCACCAGUUUUGGAGCCAGUUGGCCGUUCUACUCUUGCUCAGAGGAGAGGUAUAAAAAAAAUUACCUCAACAGCCCUGUGAAGUGACCUCAAACAGAUAUUUGGUACCAUGGCAUAAGAUGAUAGCACAAAUCAUGGCGACAGGUAGCACAUAUCUGACAGAUACCUGCAAGCACACUCUGUCCCAGCUGGUACCUAUAAUGCUGCUGCUCCUGCUGCUGCUAUUGCUUUCAUCUACUCUCGCUUUAAACUGUUGACAGCAAAUUACUGAUCCUACUGGAGCUUCAAAUGGAGUGACAAGUGGAAACACAAUGAAAAUGAUCAUGUUCACGACUGAAUAAACCAGAAUUAUGAAUACCACCUCUGUCAAAAAUACACUGAAUAAAGCACUCUGCACCACAUAGCAUUAUUUUUAUAAGGAAUAUUUUUUGUCCCCUAAAAUAUUCUUUGUUACAGGUAGAGAUGGACAGUUUAUGUUAAGCACUUAGCUUAAACAAUCUCUUUAUAUUAGCACUAUAUACUUUGUGCCAUCCAACAUUUUGUAUGUUUUUGUAAACAGUUCACAAGCAGUACGUUUCUGUGCUGUUUCUUUUAAAGUAUACAUGACUUGUUUUACUUAGAUAUUACUAAUCAUUUUGACAAUUAAGUCUGAUUAAACGGUUCAGCUGGAUUAAUCAGUAUUGUUGGACAGCUCUAAAAGAAGCCUGACUGUUAAACAGCAAUUGAAUGUAAUACUAUGAAUACGUAUUUCUCCAUGUCUGUCUUUUCUACAUUUCCAUGUUUUUGACACUGCAUGUCAUGUUAUAAAAAUCAGGAUGCUGUUUAUAGUAUUCAAAACUUAAACAGUGAAUCUUUCACCAUACUAUAUAUACAAUAGCUAAGAUAACCCAGAGAAAAGAUAAUUCUGUCUUUUGUUCCCCCUCCUCUCCCUUUUAUUCUCUCCGAUCUAAUCUCUGGACUCAGGAAUCAUAGCUAAAUCCUUUCUGAUAGAGGACAAUUCUAUAUUGUUUAUUCUUAUAAUCCAUUGUUAAUAUUUUAUCUCUAUUCUGUGACUUUUGUUUAAGCUGCAAAGGAUUUGUUCAGUGAAUGUUGGCAUUAUAGAAGAAAGGCUACAUUGAAGAUAAAGCAAAACAUAUUGCCUGCUAAUAAGCCGAAGCCUGCAAAAAGCAGGUUUAAACUGCAUUUACUGCAGUUGUAAAACUGAUGGAUCUGAUGUUCUGUCAGUUAUUUUCUGAUAAUUAUUGACAUCCAAAGCAAAAUGAGAGGAGAGUCAUCCAGAUCAGUCAGGGACUAGAAAAGGGUCAUUGUAAUUUAUCAUGAAAAUAGUAUUGUCCCAGUAAGAUAAGGCAAAACUGUUCAGAAUGAGUGCUUCCCUUUUCCCCAGGUGGAAACAAGUUUGUAACGAGAGUGAAAGACUAAUUUUCAGUACUGAUAUAAACUUCUAAUACUCUUGGCCUCUCGGCAUCCUAAGUAAUUAAAGGUGUUUUUUGACAGCUAGUCUUGAAAAAUCAAAUUGCCCACAUGAGAACAUGCACUGGAAUGUGUUUGGAUUCAGUCAGUGUCCCACUCCCCCAAAAUGAUAUGCUGCAUCAACUCAUUCCAGAUAUGAAAACAGCUGAUGGGAAUUACAGCUGUAAUAAAUAAUGGAUCUGGAUGAACAGCUCAGAGAAUAAUACAAUUUAAAAACUAAAAGGUGCAAUUUUGUAUUUUACAUAAGAAGGCAUUUUCUUGAUUUAGGGAUAUUAAAUUUUUUUAUGAUGAUUAAUUUGCAAGUUUCCCUGAAAUCAUCAGAGGUUUACUGAAAGGGAGAAUCACCUUUAUAUCACAGAUUUGAUCUAAAUGAAUGCAAGAGUGUUUCUUCUGCUACGGGUUUUUCCGAGGUCGUUGGGGAAGGGAUCCCACCAUUGUUGCCCUUAAGAAUUUGUUAAAUAUUUACUCAGUUGUGUAAAGAAUUGGUUUUAUGAACAAGGAUUCUUAAAUUUCCAUAUAUCUUAGAAAUCUGAACACACGGCUCUUCCAAGCAAUUAGCUUUUUUCCCUUACUUAGUGCUCUAGCACUGAAGUUUCCUUGAGUUGUACAGAUGCAUCUACCCUUCCUUCAAGAAACAUCUUUCACUAAAGGUGGAAAAAGGCCAUUUGUUUGUGGGGUUCUUUUUUUUUUUUUUUUGCUUGAUGCUGGCUGCAGCUCCAGAGGAAUUUAGUAAAACCUUUUCUUUCAGAAAACGUAUUUUCAGCUCUGUGAGCGGUCAGUAAGUCAGGCUUCUCAAAACCUAGAAACUAUACCUUCUGGAGUGGCUUUUAAAUGUGUUAAUCUAAAGAUUGUGGUAUCUAGUCAACAAAAGAGACUUAAAACUGAUCCUGUUGAAAUGAAGGGAUAGCAGUAAUCGCUAGUGUCAAUAACAGCAUUUCAGUUCAGGAAGGAAUUUCUCCUGUGUUCUCAUUGUGUAUAUAUAGCUGCCUGGCAAAGAACAGACCAAAAGGAGGAAGUGUUAAGCUGCUUUACUAUUGGCAAUAUCCAUGUUAGAGUAAUAUGAAAGUACUUUCAGGAGUUUUAUUUUAGCCAUAGUUUGUGGCCCUUGAGCUCACUGGUCAUUAGCCAGAUAGUGAAGCAAAGUUAAUGCCUACAUGUUACGUAUCUACAUUCUCAAGUGAGCUGUUAAUUUAGACUUUACAGAUGUUGCUACUGCAUUGUGCGUAAAGCAACAUAGAGUGAUCAUUUUAAAUGCUAAUAAAACAGGGCAGUUUAGCACAUGCUAAAUAAGUAUGUUGAAGUCUAGAUCCACUAGAGUUUGAAGUUACUUUCUAAACCAAGAUAUGAAUGGCCCAUGUAUGCAGGAGGUAUGUUUUACAGGCUAGAAUUACACGGUAAUUUUGUGUACCUUACCACCUGCUUUGGAUCCAUGCUCACAACUUCACAUUUAUUUUUCUCAUUUUAUAGCCACAGUUGUUAGAAGAUAAAAAUAAAUCUGCAUAGUGCUGCCUUAGAUCCCAGCACCUUUCUGUUAGAAUGUGAGUAUGUAUGACACACUGCAUAACUUCAUCACUGGGCUGCUGCUUGGUCUGCAAAGCAUAGCAAGUAACUCUAGGAUACAGAGUCAUGGGGAAUAAAAGAGGAGAACUGCAGAUACAGGUGAAUUUUCUGUAUAUAGGCCAUGAUUUUCUUAAUGUGAAAUUACCACUUAACUGUGCUUGAGAGCGUGAGAGAACUGAGGGAAGAGUAUAGUUGCAAUACUCCAAAAAUGCCAUCUAUAUCCAGUAAGGGCAAAGUUCUUUAUUAAUAAUCACUAUAAUGUUGAAUGAAACUUCUAAGGAGUUUUUCAAGAGAAUAUUUAAAACUUUUUUCUAAAGAAGCAAGGGCGUAAGAAAAUAGAUUUAUGUGUCUGGGACUUUUCUGUGUUUGUGUCGCUUUUGUAAAUGUGGUGUACCAACUAAAGCUGUGCUUUUCUGUUAUUGGAAGGAAAGGACUGGCCCUUAGUAAGUGGCAAUGGUUAACAGAUGAAUUUUCACUUAUGAAAAUGAUGUAAAUGAUUAGCUUUAUCUUGAUACUCUUGACCUAAUCAAAGGGAAGGUGUACUUAUGGGGGAUGUAAUUAUUUUGCAACCUAGUUGGGGGGGGGGGUGUCUACUUAAAACGUUUUUAAAAAAUGAAAAAAUCACAGAUAAAAUAUUUUUCUACAAUUCUAUACAAUCAUUCUUUAUACUAGUUUUCUCAGCAUGGCAUGUACGUGAGUCUGAGGUACUGUUCCAGGACCUUGUUCAAGACUAUUACAGCAGCAUCUCUUAGAUGCUUGGCACUGCUGUCAUAGAACUGAAAUGCUAGUGAAAGAAAAAAAAAUUAAUACUUUAAAUGAUUGUUUUAUUCAGAGUCUGAUCUAGGAAAUGUUCCAAUCAUGCUAUUAAUGUGUAAUUAAAACUGUUCCAGAUAUAACUAUGAACAGUUCUGGAAAGGUAUCAUUGCUUGUAUUCCUGUCUAAUGGCAGGUUUUGUAGUCUUCAAAAGAAAUCAAAAUUUCUACUACGAAUAAACUUUCAAACAUCUUAAA